GGCGCCCUGCUCUCGGGCAGAGGGGAGGGCGGCGGCCGGCUGGGGAUGGGCAGCCCGGCGGCACGGAGGGGCGCCGGGGGGCUCCGCGCACUGCUCCUGACGCUGGUUGCGGCGGGAGUCCCCGCGGGCGCCUACAACCUCGAUCCGCAGCGUCCCGUGCGCUUCCAGGGCCCCGCCGGCUCCUUCUUUGGCUACGCGGUGCUGGAGCAUUUCCACGACAACACGCGCUGGGUCCUGGUGGGAGCACCAAAAGCAGAUUCCAAAUACAGCACUUCAGUGAAGUCCCCCGGGGCUGUGUUUAAGUGCCGCGUCCACACCAACCCUGACCGCAGAUGCACCGAACUGGACAUGGCUCGAGGGAAGAAUCGGGGCAUGCCCUGUGGAAAGACCUGCCGAGAAGACCGGGAUGAUGAGUGGAUGGGGGUGACCCUGGCACGGCAGCCCAAGGCCGAUGGCCGCGUGUUGGCCUGUGCCCACCGGUGGAAGAACAUCUACUAUGAAACAGACCAUAUCCUGCCUCACGGUUUCUGCUACAUCAUCCCAUCCAACCUCCAGGCCCAAGGCAGGACGCUGAUCCCUUGCUACGAAGAGUAUAAGAAGAAGUAUGGAGAGGAACAUGGCUCCUGCCAGGCUGGGAUAGCAGGCUUCUUCACUGAGGAGCUGGUGGUGAUGGGCGCCCCCGGAUCAUUUUAUUGGGCUGGGACGAUCAAAGUGCUGAACCUCACAGACAACACCUAUUUGAAGCUGAAUGAUGAAGCGAUCAUGAACAGGCGGUACACGUACCUGGGCUAUGCAGUGACCGCUGGCCGCUUCUCUCACCCCUCUACCACCGAUGUGGUAGGAGGUGCCCCACAGGAUGAAGGCAUUGGAAAGGUUUAUAUUUUUAGAGUGGACCGAAGAUCAGGCACCUUGAUUAAGAUUUUUCAGGCAUCAGGUAAAAAGAUGGGCUCUUACUUCGGCUCCUCCUUAUGCGCAGUUGACCUGAACGGGGACGGCCUCUCUGACCUGCUGGUGGGGGCCCCCAUGUUUUCUGAGAUCAGAGACGAGGGGCAGGUCACCGUCUACAUCAACAAAGGAAACGGAGCCCUGGAGGAGCAGCUGACCCUGAAUGGGGAUGGUGCUUACAAUGCACACUUUGGGGAGAGCAUUGCCAGCCUGGACGAUCUUGAUGAUGACGGGUUCCCAGAUGUGGCAGUUGGCGCACCCAAAGAAGAUGACUUCGCAGGGGCCGUCUAUAUCUAUCAUGGGGAUGCUGGUGGGAUAGUCCCCCAGUACUCAAAGAAACUGUCUGGGAGGAAGAUUAACCCUGUUCUGCGGAUGUUUGGGCAGUCCAUAUCUGGAGGCAUUGAUAUGGAUGGAAAUGGCUAUCCGGAUGUCACUAUUGGAGCCUUCAUGUCCGACAGUGUGGUUCUUUUAAGGGCCAGGCCGGUCAUUACGGUGGACGUCGCCAUCUUCCUCCCAGGCUCCAUCAACAUCACGGCGCCUCAGUGUCAUGAUGGACAGCAGCCUGUGAACUGCCUGAACGUCACGGCCUGCUUCAGAUUCCACGGCAGACACGUUCCGGGAGAAAUUGGCCUCAAUUACGUUCUGACAGCAGAUGUGUCCAAGAAGGAGAAGGGCCAGCUGCCCAGGGUCUACUUUGUGUUGCUGGGAGAGACUGCCGGCCAGGUCUCAGAGAAACUACAGCUGACCCACAUGGAGGAGACGUGUCGUCACUACGUGGCCCACGUGAAGCGGAGGGUGCAGGACGUCAUCAGCCCCAUAGUGUUCGAAGCUGCCUACAGCCUCGGAGCACAUGUGACUGGCGAGGAGGAGAGGGAGCUGCCGGCUUUGACUCCAGUUCUGCGCUGGAAAAAGGGACAAAAGAUUGCCCAAAAGAAUCAGACUGUUUUUGAAAGGAAUUGCCGAUCUGAGGACUGUGCUGCCGACCUGCAGCUCCGGGGUAAACUGCUGCUCUCCAGUAUUGAUGAGAAAACCCCAUAUCUAGCUUUGGGAGCUGUGAAGAAUAUCUCCCUAAACAUCUCCAUCUCCAACCUUGGGGACGAUGCCUAUGAUGCCAACGUGUCCUUCAAUGUGUCCCGGGAGCUCUUCUUCAUCAACAUGUGGCAGAAGGAGGAGAUGGGCAUUUCCUGUGAGCUGCUGGAAUCAGACUUCCUCAAAUGCAGCGUGGGGUUUCCUUUCAUGAGGUCAAAGUCGAAGUAUGAAUUCAGCGUGAUCUUUGAUACGAGCCAUCUGUCUGGGGAAGAGGAAGUUCUCAGCUUCAUCAUCACUGCUCAGAGUGGCAACGUGGAGCGCUCUGAGGCCUUGCACGACAACACCUUAACACUGACAGUACCGCUGAUGCACGAAGUGGACACGUCCAUCACUGGAAUCGUAUCUCCGACCUCCUUUGUGUAUGGCGAGUCUGUGGAUGCCUCCAACUUCAUUCAGCUGGACGACCUGGAGUGCCAUUUCCAGCCCCUCAACGUCACCCUUCAGGUCUAUAACACUGGCCCCAGCACCCUUCCGGGGUCAUCUGUCAGCAUCUCCUUCCCCAACCGACUGUCAUCCGGUGGUGCAGAGAUGUUUCUGGUGCAGGAGAUGAUGGUUGGUCGAGAGAAAGGAAACUGCUCUUUCCAGAAAAACCCAACCCCCUGCAUCAUCCCUCAAGAACAAGAAAAUAUCUUCCACACAAUAUUUGCUUUUUUCACAAAGUCUGGAAGAAAAGUCUUGGAUUGUGAAAAGCCAGGAAUUUCUUGCCUAACAAUGCACUGUAACCUUAGCGCUCUCACCAAAGAGGAAAGUCGCACUCUAGACAUUUACAUGCUGCUGAACACAGAAAUAUUAAAGAAGGACAGUUCAUCUGUCAUCCAGUUCAUGGCUCGAGCCAAGGUGAAGGUGGAUCCCGCCCUAAGGGUGGUGGAAGUGGCUAAUGGGAACCCAGAAGAGAUGACGGUGGUCUUUGAAGCCUUGCACAAUCUGGAGCCCCGUGGCUACGUCGUGGGGUGGAUCAUUGCCAUAAGUUUGCUGGUGGGGAUCCUCAUCUUCCUGCUGCUGGCUGUGCUGCUCUGGAAGAUGGGCUUCUUCCGCAGAAGGUACAAAGAAAUUAUUGAAGCUGAGAAGAACCGGAAAGAGAACGAAGACAGUUGGGACUGGGUCCAGAAAAACCAGUGACCUGCCACACCAUUCGCAUGACCCAAUCACUGGCCUGUCAUCCUUGAUCUUUGUAUCUUCCAUAUUUGGAAGAAAAAAAAAAUCUUCUCCAGAUUUUUCGGAGGCCCCACUGAUGCUGUUCUCUUCCUCGUUGUGUCAAAGCCCAGGUGCCAGGCCCAGGCAGCCACUUCAGCCAGGUCCCAUGACCGGGAGCCACCAUCACUUCCUUCUGAAGAUGAACUCUGAACUUUGGAAACGAGCUACAGAGCCGAGCAAUAUUUAUGGAUGCAACAUGCGUGGUCAACCCUCAGGGGAAAACUGUUACCUAAAAAUAUUUUUAUAAAUAUAAGCCUUUUAUACUGAUUAUGUCUUUAUAUUUGUAUCAAUGUUUUAUUAUUUCUAUUAAAUAGUUAUAUAAUUCACUCAAGCACUGAUAUCUGGCCUGAAAUCUUGGAAAUACAUGUACCUGUAUACAAAAUUUAAAGGACAAAAAUCUUAUUGUACUUUGGAACUUGCUGUUAAAAAAGGAAAAAAAAAAACACUUGCAGAUAAAAUAAGCUGAAGAAACCUCAUGAAAUAAAUCCACUGAAUGAGCAGUACCGCAUAGAAACUGUGGAUGUGGCAAGACCCCCCCAAGACACUUCUCAUCGUUAUUGCCUGGAGUCAAGUUUUGGAGUCAUGUGCUAAAGAAUUAUAACUGCUUUUUCAACUGUACCUUUCAAGGGAAUAUUCUCAACAGGAAUUUGGAUGGAAAACCUGAUUCCUAGCAGCAAGUCUACUAUGCGUCACCUCUAUGUAGCAGACAUCUCCCCUUCUUUCUGCUUGAAUUGAUGGAUGAAAGCCUGGAGCAAUGCCAGUUAGUCAUCUGGUAAACCUCAAGGUGGCAUAUUCUCCUGGACACCGUGUAUCAGUGUUCACGCCCGACCAGGACUCCAUCAGUGUCCCCCACACAAAGACAUGAUUCUGAAAGCUCUGAGGCAGUGCCUUUCUAUGGUUGCUUUGGUUCAGAGGACUCCAUUUCCUGCUACUCUUGCUUUCCCAACUCAUUCUGAUUACAGAUUCCUUCUUAGAGAUGACUUUCAACUGUUCUUUUAAAAUUGUUUUUAUUAUUUCAAAUGUUUUAGGUGGAAUUCUCCAGAA